GACAGUCACUGAGACGGUGAAUGACAGCGAUGGGUCGUCUCACAACUCUUCUCUUUGCCAUGUGGCUUGGUGUGACAGUGAGCACCGUGGUUGAUCUGGAGAAGAGAGUCAUCGGAGGACAAAAGUGUGGACCAAAGGAGCGUCUGUACCAUGUCCAGCUGAUAUCCACAGAUUUCUACCGAAAAAAGUACCUUUGUGGCGGCUCUCUGAUCACUGACCGGUGGAUUCUGACUGCAGCUCACUGCUUUAAGCCAGGACGGACGUUCACCGCAUAUAUUGACGUGCAUCCUGGUCCUCCUAAAGCAGUGCGAAUCACAGAUCCACCUGAGAUCUUCAACGACGGCAAGCAACACGACCUCAUGUUACUGAAGCUGCCUAAAGCAGUAGGUAUUAAACCUGUAAAUCGUCCCGACUGUCAAAAUCCUCCCAACAUAGGUGCUUUGGUUCAGGUGGCAGGUCACGGUUCUACGAAGGUCGGCCAAAAUAAUCAAAGAAAACCUGGUUUUUCAGACACUCUGCAGUGUGCUGAUGUCAAGACCCUUGACUGUGAGACUCACAUAAACUAUCUGCGUUGGAAACAACCAGAGCUCUACGUAGCCUAUAAACAUGAGCAUGUGAUAUGUACCCAGACACCUUCGGUGGAUGCCACUCACGGUGACUCUGGUGGAGGACUGGUGUACCAGCACAGGAUUUAUGGUGUCAUUGUACGUGGUCAUGCUGAAGUUGUUGCUGGUUGGCCACUUAUGUCUAUGGACCUCUGUUAUGGGCCAUACGAUCAGUGGAUCAGAAAGACUAUCGCCCAACCAUGAGCAAAUGCAACUUUUGGUUAAUGGUGAAAUGUUCAGUGUUUACCACAGGUCCUCUAAUGUGUUUGAAAAGGGAAGGGUGAGGUGAGGGGCAUUCAGCUGCAACAUGACACUUCACCACUAGAUGCAACUAAAUUCUACAAACUGGACCUUUUUAAGAAAAUUUAAAUCUUUAAAAAUAAUGUUUUAGAUUGUCUUGUUUGUAAAUUCAACAGAUUCUGUUUUUAUACAGUCAUUCUAUUGGGAACAAACAAAAUAAAACAUAAACCAAAAAGGGAGACACAGUAAUAAACGGUUCUACCCACCAGUUCUGAAAAUACAAUGAACAAUGUGACUUCCUUCUGUUUUGUCAACUGAAAUAAAAUGAGUAGCAUUA